AUGGGGAUGGAUGGCGAUGAAGACUCGCUGUUCGGGUCGCCGCCACCCGAAGCUGCACCAGCGAUACCAAGAGGUAGGUCGCCGUCACCCCUCUUAGCUCUUCCAGGCGUAUCUACAGCUUCUCCCAGUCAUUUGCCAUCAACAUCAGCACCCAUCGCAGGACCACACCCUCAAGCGUCCGCAACAUGCUCUGCUGCCCCUCAACUCACAAAUCAGGUAGUGGUUCACGAUGGCCCACAAUCUCGGCGCCCCGCUGCAGCUUCAUCGCGCUCGCGUAUGACUCGAAAACGGCGGACAACAACAAAAAAGACAUCUGGCGCGUCGUCUACGCGUACGCCCACUCCACAAAUACAAGUGCCUGGACCGUCUACGCAGCUGCCGAGGAACUUUUUGCGGAAUCAGUCUGCUUUACUCGGUCUUGCUGGCCUCGUGGGGCGAGUCAAGCCCUCAGCACUUGCGCUGGAUCGUGGUACCACGAGAGAUCUGCCUAUAAUCAUCGAUUCAUCUGCAGUGCCUCCAGUACCACCUACAGAGCAGACGGGCUCUGCUGGUACUCCUCAUCCUCAGCCCUUCACUGUUUCAGAGCUUCCUAGGUUGACCGACGAAGAGAUUGUCGCUGCUCUGGUCGACGAACCGGAGAUAUUUCCGCUGCUGGAGAACAUUCUUAAGCUGCAUGCCAAUUCGUCGAGCACUACGCGGAAUCCUCCUCCACCGCCUCCUCCUCCUCCUGCGCCUGGUCCGCCUGUCAGAGUCCUCCCUUCGCCCCCAUCACCAGGCCCACGCCCGCGGAAACGACGCAAAUUGAAAUACGUACCUGCAGGCGCCGUUGAUUGGGACGUUCCUUACCCGUUCGCGCAAGGUGAGGGGCCUGAGAUGUACUACGCUACAUGGGAGCACACGCGGGGACGACGGCUAGUGCAAGAAUUCGUGGAAUUGGUAAAGAAGGCCACAGAAUCGGCUGCGAAGAAGAAACUUAUGAAGGAGCUGGGACAGGGCAAUUUGGUGUAUUACAGACCUGGCGGCAGAGAUGACGGCCCACGGUCGAUUGACGGACAAAUCCAGACGGACCGUUGUACUCCGGCGUCGUCGAUACCUUCGUGUCUGGGCAGCCCUGCACAGUCGUCGCACCUGUUCGAUUUCUCGGAUAUAUCUAAUGCCCCUCCGAUAGACGACGCCGCGUCCUUCUCCAAUAACUUCGAUCAGGGCUUCCUCGACAACUGGAUAUCGAUGCUGGACGCGUUUCCUGAUGUUCGUGACGGCGCUUAUGAGACCACCACCGCAGCCCCUGGGGACUUGAACAUGAAUUUCGACGCCGUAGAUUUUGGAUUGGAAUUCGAUGGGCUAGGAGAGCUUGGUGGUGAGGAUUUUUUCCUGUGCGCUCAGACAUGCCGUGAACUAUUUGCUUUAGAUGGCUUCAACGCGUCUGGAUUGACGGUCGAUCGACCGAUCCAAUCGAACACGCCGAUGUUCAGCCACAAUCCGCCUCCCGAUUCAGCUAUCGACCCUCAACUGUGGGCAUUGUCGAUGCCGAUGGACGUUGAUCCUGUCCUCCCUUAUCCGAUCUCGACUUCGACGACGUCUGCGUUGCUCCAACAUGAUCAUAAUCACGGUAAUACCACAUCACAACAAGCCACCAGUAGUAACAGUGCUCUGGCGUUGGACCGCCCGCUCACGCCGUCCCUUAGCAUCACAUCCCUCGCCUCACCCCACUUGUCACAGUCGUCCUUUCGAGACACGCCAGAGGUUGUUACGCCCUCUGCGAGCGUCGUGGGCUUUGGCGAUAUGCCUAGUGUUGGAUUCGGCGGGUCGGUGGCAGGAUCUAUGCGUCACGAAGGCGAACUCGAUGAAGAGGAGUGCAGGCGUGCUAAUAGCGGGAAGGGGAAGGGGAAGCAGAGAGCCAUCGAUCUCGAUAUGGAUGUCGAUGUUGAUUUCGAACGUAUGGUUGGACAAGGCAUCUUUAACGCUACCGACGUCCCAGAUGGCUUUGGAAUCCCCCCAUCAUCUACCAACGUCACUCAGCAGGCCAUGCCAACAAAACUUAAUCCAUUAACUUCGAAUGUUAUGCUUCCGUCGACGACGUUACCAGCACCCUUUCCAAGCGCUAAUGCCAAUUCUCAAUCACCUUUACCAGACAACGUGCGUUGCUUCCGAGGUGGACAGACACCUCCCUUUACUCCAGGUACUACCCCUACUCCUACGGCUCUCCCACAGCCAGUAAUACCACCUCCUACAUCCUCGUCCUCUAAUCGCCCCCCUCGUCGGACGCGUAAGCAGCCUAAUCGCACGAGGUCCGCGCCGUCUACUUCAACACAAACGAUUCAUACUUCGCUACGGACGACAACGUCAACACCAUUGCCUCCACUGCCGCCGCCAGUACGCAGGACUGCGCAAAAGAAACAGGAGAUUCUGCAGCAAGUGAGGGAAAGGCUAAUGCUGCUAAAGGCAGAGUAUGAACGUGCGAAGGUCGAGUAUUGGGAGUGCGGGCUGGAACAUGCGUGUAUGGUGCAGAUGGGGAAGGAGCUGAGGAAGAAUAUGAAACCUGCUGCUGGGACGUGA